AUGGCGUCGUCUUCCGCUCCGCUUUUGCAAGGAGAGGAUCUCGAUCCGGCGCCUGGGGGCUCACGAUCCCCUGCGCAUAUGGCCACCACAACUCUCAAAGUUGAUGGAAUGACUUGUGGCGCAUGUACUUCUGCUGUUGAGGCUGCCUUUAAAGGCGUCGAAGGCGCAGGAACUGUGUCUGUCAGCUUGAUCAUGGGUCGGGCAGUAGUACACCAUGAUCCGACCAUUCUCUCAGCGGAAAAGGUCGCGGAGAUGAUAGAGGAUCGGGGUUUUGACUGCUCAAUCUUGGCCACUGAUAUGCCACGAGAAAUACCUCAGGUAGAGGAAGAGUACGAUGGAGGGAAUGAUUUACUCGAAUCCACCCCUAGUACACCAUCCGUUUCGACUACAACGCUCAAAGUGGGAGGAAUGACUUGCGGGGCGUGUACAUCCGCAGUGGAAGGAGGAUUAGCUGAUAAACCUGGCGUCAUUUCCGUAACAGUGUCCUUACUAUCCGAACGCGCCGUUGUGGAACACGAUAUAUUUGUGAUAUCUCCUGAGCAGAUCGCUGAAAUCGUCGAAGACUGUGGAUUUGAUGCUGAAGUCCUGGAAACCGUUACCCGACAGCUAAACUCAUCUUCGUCACGAGGGAAGUCCGCGUCUAGAAAAAGAUCGAACCAUGUAACUACAACCAUGUCUAUUGAAGGCAUGACUUGUGGGGCAUGUACUUCUGCUGUCGAAAAUGCCCUCAAAGACCAACCUGGGCUGGUUCGCUUCAAUGUCAGCCUGCUAGCUGAACGUGCAGUUGCGGUUCAUGACCCUUCAGUCCUACAUGCUGCAGCAAUUGCCGAACUAAUCGAAAAUGCCGGUUUUGACGUGCGCAUCAUCUCUUCCCGGGAGGACGACUCAUUUCAAUCACACACAUCAGCAUCAUUAGCGCUAAAUAUCUUCGGCCUGGCUGGCUCAACGGCGGCUAUAGAUCUGGAGGAUGCGCUCAGAGCAGUCGACGGUGUUUUGGCCGCUGAUGUUAAGCCGUCUAAUUCUCGUGCUUUAAUCAGCUAUACCCCGUCCAAAGUGGGGAUACGACAAUUAGUUGAGCUUGUUGAACGGGCAGGAUACAACGCCCUCUUGGCAGAGUCCGACGAUAGCAAUGCUCAACUCGAAUCCCUCGCCAAAACAAAGGAAAUCCAUGAGUGGCGGAGGGCAUUUUGGUUCUCUUUUUCUUUUGCAGUUCCCGUGAUGGUGAUUAGUAUGCUUGUUCCGAUGUAUAUUCCGGCAAUCGAUAUCGGAAAAUUCGAGCUCAUUCCUGGCUUAUUUUCCGGAGAAAUCAUCUGCCUGCUUCUUACCAUUCCUGUUCAAUUUGGCAUUGGAAAGCGGUUUUAUAUUUCGUCAUUCAAAUCCCUCAAACACGGCGCCCCAACAAUGGAUGUUCUUGUCAUGCUUGGUACCUCUGCCGCAUUCUUUUUCAGUGUCCUUGCAAUGUUAGUCUCGAUAUUCUUCAAACCCCAUUCUCGGCCGAUGACCGUGUUUGAAACCAGCACUAUGCUUAUUACAUUUAUUACCCUCGGCCGGUGGCUGGAAAAUCGAGCAAAAGGCCAAACAUCUCGUGCGCUAUCUCGUUUGAUGUCCCUCGCUCCCUCUAUGGCAACUAUAUACGAUGAUCCCAUAGCAGCCGAAAAGCUUGCUGAGGGCUGGGGUUCUGUGACUGAAAAGGACAAGAACACUACUACUGCAGUUUCUACCAGCCAGAAGACGAUCCCUACGGAACUAAUCCAGGUUGGUGAUGUCGUCUGCCUCCGUCCCGGCGAUAAGGUUCCAGCGGAUGGGGUCGUUAUUCGAGGAGAGAGUUAUAUAGACGAGGGUAUGAUUACUGGUGAGGCUGUUCCCAUUCGUAAAAUCAAGUCUUCACAGGUCAUGGCUGGCACUGUCAAUGGCACUGGUUGGGUUGAUUUCCGGGUUACGAGAGCCGGUCGAGAUACCCAAUUGAGCCAGAUAGUCAAAUUGGUUCAAGAUGCACAGACCAGUCGUGCCCCUAUCCAGAGAAUGGCGGAUAUAGUGGCUGGCUACUUUGUUCCAGCCAUUAUCACUCUUGGGCUUAUUACCUUUUUUGGAUGGAUGAUUCUUAGUCACAUUCUUCCAAAUCCACCUAAAAUCUUCCUUGCCGAAAAUAGCGGUGGAACAUUCAUGGUCUGCUUGAAACUUUGCAUAUCGGUUGUUGUUUUCGCCUGUCCCUGUGCUCUUGGCCUUAGCACGCCCACAGCGGUUAUGGUAGGUACAGGAGUCGGUGCCGAACAUGGCAUAUUGGUCAAAGGCGGGGCAGCCCUGGAAGCAGCGACCAAAGUAACCCAUGUUGUGUUCGACAAAACAGGAACCUUAACGAUGGGCAAAAUGAGCGUGUCGGAGAUUAAAAUGGACUCAACAUGGUCCUCCAAUGACUGGCGGCGUCGCCAGUGGUGGUUGAUCGUUGGGCUUGCUGAGCUGACCAGUGAACACCCCAUUGGCAAAGCCAUUCUUGCAAAGGCCAGGGCAGAAGUUGGGGCAACUGAUGACAGUCCACUCGAUGGCAGCGUGGCCGAUUUUGAAGCCUCAGUUGGUAAGGGGGUUUCUGCCAUUGUUGAACCCACUUCAAGUGCUAGUAGCGUUCGACAUCGCGUUCUCGUGGGCAACGCACCAUUCCUUCGUUCUAGGGAUGUUCAUGUACCACAAUCAGCUGAACCCGAACCCGAAACUUCUAAAAUUACUGCCUCAAUAUCCACUCGGCCCAUUAAAAAUAGCGAGCACGCUGCAGGGUCCACUCUAAUCCACGUUGCCAUCGACGGUAAAUACGCUGGCACAAUCACUCUUCAAGAUACUUUGAAACCAACGGCAGCAGCUGCCGUCGCUGCUCUCCACCGAAUGGGCCUCACCACCUCCCUUAUCACGGGCGAUUCCCUCUCCACCGCCCUGGCCGUUGCAUCAGCCGUUGGUAUUCCCGCCUCUUCAGUCCAUGCCUCUGUCGUUCCCUCCGAAAAACAAUCCAUCGUCGCUUCUCUCCAAGAAAGUCCCUCGACCAUAGUUGCCAUGGUGGGAGACGGCAUCAACGACUCCCCCGCUCUGGCUACUGCAUCUGUCGGCAUCGCCCUCUCAUCCGGCACAGACGUUGCCAUGGAAGCAGCCGACAUUGUCCUCAUGCGGUCCGACGAUCUCCUCUCCAUCCCUGCAAGCCUGUGUCUGGCCCGCUCAAUCUUCCGCCGCAUUAAACUCAACCUCCUCUGGGCCUGCAUGUAUAACGCUGUCGGCAUACCUUUUGCCAUGGGCCUCUUCCUCCCAUUUGGCGGAAUAUCAUUACAUCCCAUGGCUGCAGGCGCCGCAAUGGCCGCAUCAAGCGUCAGUGUCGUUGUUAGCAGUCUGCUCUUGAAACUCUGGAAACGGCCCAGUUGGCUCGAUGUUCAGAAGCUGGAGCGUGAGGCUGAGCUAGGUCUAAUUGAUAGUAGCGGCCUGGGCCGUGGUGGGCGGGGAUCGUGGUGGAAAAAGAGUCCGUUUACAUACGACGGGAGAGGUCGGGUUCGACGCACCUUCGCGUGGCUAGUGACACUUGGUUCCGAUGCUGUGAAUAACGUUGCUAGGAAGCGGAGAAAUUCUACUGACGAUGAGGGCUAUGUUCCUUUGAGGACUGUAGAGCCUGUCUCUGUAUAG